AUGGCCAAGGUAAUCGAGGAAGUACAGAAACCUACUCUUGUUAUUUCACAUAACAAAACUCUAGCCGCACAAUUAUACAGAGAAUUCAAAGAAUUUUUCCCAGACAACGCAGUAGAGUAUUUUGUUUCGUACUAUGAUUACUACCAGCCAGAGGCAUAUGUCCCCGGCAGAGAUCUGUACAUAGAAAAAGACGCGUCCAUUAACGAUGAAAUAGAUAGACUGCGACUAGCAGCCACCACCAGUCUUUAUUCUCGCAAUGAUGUUAUUAUCGUUGCUACAGUAUCCUGUAUUUAUGGUUUAGGAAACCCAACCGAUUACAGAGAUAUGGCUAUCACCAUAGAAGUAGGCGCUACAAUAGAUAGUGUAGCUCUGCGCAAAAAACUUAUUUCGUUACAGUAUAGUAGAAACGAUGUAGCAAUUGAGCGGGGUUCAUUUCGUGUGCAAGAUGAGGUAAUAGAUAUUUACCCCGCAUAUGAAGAGGCAAUAUAUCGUAUUGUAAGUAACUGGGAUGAGGUAGUAACAAUACGUAAACUCCAUCCAGUAAGCAUGGAAGUACUAAAGGAGCAGGAAAAACUACACAUCUUUCCCGCAAAGCAUUUUGUUACUACUCCAGAGCAAAUAAAGACAGCAUCACAAAAGAUUAAAGAUGAACUCGCUCAGAGAUACAAUGAGCUUAUAAAGGCAAAUGAUAUAGUUGCAGCAGAGAGAGUUAAAUCUCGUACAGAGUAUGAUCUUGAGAUGUUACUAGAGCUAGGGUACUGUACUGGUAUAGAAAACUAUUCUCGCCAUAUUUCAGGGCGAGCAAAAGGCGAACGCCCAGCAGUGCUACUUGAUUAUUUUCCACGCAACUACCUUAUGUUUAUUGAUGAAUCCCAUGUAACAAUACCACAGGUAGGGGGUAUGUACGAGGGAGAUAAGGCCCGUAAAGAAAACCUUGUGCAGUAUGGUUUCCGUCUGCCAUCAGCAAAGGAUAACAGACCCUUACAAUUCUUUGAGUUUGAAUCAAUGAUUCCGCAGU